AUGGCUUCGAUCUCGGGCGCUAAACUCUACGGCUCCAAUGUCUGUUCCGGGCGGUACUCUUCGGUUCCUAUGUCUGCUCCGGCCGGUAACUCUUCUGCUCCUAUGUCUGCUCGGGGCGAGAAGUCUUCGGCUCCUGGCGGGAAGUCGUCCGCUCCGUUGUCUUUGGCUGUGAACUCCUCUACUAAUCAAAUAGACCAGAUCCUCACGAGUACAAGAAUCUUUGGCUGUGAACUCCGCUACCAAUCAAACAACUCCGAGUCUCCGGGCGAGAAGUCUUGGGCUCCUGGAGCAGUGGGGAAAUGGUCCGCUUUGUUGUCUUUGGCUCCAGCCUUGCGUGCAGGAAUUUUCGACGCUAUUUCUCAGGUUCAGGACCCUUCUCGACAAGUGGGGAAAAGCACUCAAGGGGCGUACUGGGACUCUCUGCUGCCAGUUCUAAGGAUGAGGCAAAGCCUCAGAAGAAUGAGGGAUCCCGUAAACGUUAUCAAGUAUCAAAAACUAACAGCUCCACUGCUGAUAAGGUGA